AGACUUCCCCCGCUAGUUAGUAACAAACGUUACUAAUCAGUAAUAAUAAUGGUGACACACAGGUGCCAAGGGGGCUAAGGUGAUGUCAUCGCAUGCUCAGGGUAAUGAUUUAAAAGAAGCGAGCUCGAGCCGCAGAAUGGGCGGUAGUCGACCCCACCUGUUAUCUGUUGAAUGUCGUCUGGUAUAAUCGUCCUCUUUGUCACUGCAUUCGCAGUUUACUUCUACAGCCGUCGAUGCAGUAGAUUGCCACUACCACCUGGGCCACGUCCAAAGUUCUUCACUGGAAAUGCGCAUCAACUACCCAAGCAGGAACCUUGGCGGAUGUACGCCACUUGGGCGGAAAGUUAUGGGCCCAUCCUCUCCUUCCGUGUACCUGGCCAGCAGUUCAUAGUGCUCAGCUCCUUAAAAACAGCGACUGAAUUGCUCGAUUCACGCGCCACUACGUAUUCCGAUCGUCCAAAAUUAUGGAUGCAAACAGAACUUGCGAUGCGCAAGCUGAGCGCGUUCAGCAUAUCUUUCAAUCACCCGUAUUUCAAGACUUAUCGCAAGAUGUUCAAAGCAAGUCUGAGUCCCCGCAAUAUACAAAGCUACCAGUCACUACAAAUCGAAGAAUCUCGAGUGUUGCUUGAUGGUCUGCACAAGGACCCCGAACAAUUUUUUGCGCACAUCAAAAGGAACGCGGCGGCCGUUGUCCUUAAUCUCGCAUAUGGCUGGAAGGUCACUAAGAAUGACGAUUAUCUCAUUGGCAUCGUGCAAGAAAAAAUUGCCAUGUCUGCCAUACUGUCCCAGCCUGGCCGUUGGUUGGUCGAAGUGAUACCAUCCUUACGUUUCGUACCAUCAUGGUUCCCAGGCGCAGGUUUUAAACGCGUGGCCUUCGACCUCGGGCAAAAGCGAAGUAGGAUUGAUACAAUACCAUUUGACUGGACGAAACAGCAAAUAAAAAGUGGUAACUAUGCUCCUUCGUUCGUCUCAGAACAGCUCCUUCCGGAGGAUGGGUCCACGGUCGGCGCCGAGCAAGAAGAAAUCAUCAAGUGGUGCAGCCAGGGGAUCUAUGCCGGGGGAGCAGACACCACAGUAGCAGCCACCAAGUCUUUUGUUCUAGCGAUGAUGCUCUAUCCCGAGGUGCAGACGCAUGCGCAGGCAGAGAUCGAUGCUGUCGUGGGCCAAGACAGAUUUCCCACUUUCGAGGAUAGAGAAAAGCUUCCGUACAUCGCAGCGCUCAUCCAAGAAAUCCUCCGCUGGGCACCCGUGGCACCACGAGGGCUCCACCACCGCGCGAUGAAGGAAGACGUCUACAAAGGGUACCGAAUUCCUAAGGGUGCAAUCGUCAUAGCAAACAUCUUUUCCAUGUCACGCGAUAAAGAGACGUACCCCGACCCAUUGGAGUUCAGGCCCGAACGCUUCCUCGGACCCUCUCCCCAAUUGGACCCGCACAAAUUCGUCUUUGGGUUCGGGCGUCGUGCAUGCCCUGUGCCUUCUAUUUCAGGUGUCCAUUUUGCCGAAGCAUCAUUAUACCUCAAUAUUUCUUGUACCCUUGCUGCGUUCACGAUCGCCAAACUGCUCAAUGAAAGAGGGGAAGAGAUUACACCCCCUGCAGAGUUCGAGUGUGUUGGUCCAAUUCGGCACCCUAAGCCAUUCAAGUGCAGGUUCAUCCCAAGAAACAAGGAACUGUUGGCAUCUCUCUCUCAAUAGCCAGCUUAUCAGUCACGUUGAUUAUAGUGGUGUGUUCACACUUUAUUAUAGUGCGGUACUGGCAUGGCUCGGUGAUUUUCAUCUUCUCAAAACAAACAGCUGUAACUGUAAUUCAAAUUUCAUGCCGUGACGGCCCGUGAUAGACGGUCGUUUCUCUCGUCAACAGCCAUACUUCUUAAAUUACCGGGACUCCUGCGACUGGACACUGCCGUCUUAUCCGGUCUCCCCUCCUGUUGUCAUGUCGUUCCGUCUGCGUCUGCUGCAGUCGCUCUCAUAAUAAGUCAGAAUUUCUUA